AUGUACUUCGAUGGAGCUUCAAACUACCAUGGAAAUGGGGUUGGAGUUGUAUUCAAAACUCCUUGUGGAGAAUACAUCCCGAUUGUAGUCAAAUUAGAUUUCGACUGCACCAACAAUGAAGCCGAGUAUGAGGCUUGCAUAAAGGGGUUAGAAGCAGCCCUGGAAAAAGGAAUAAAGAUCCUCAAAGUUUUCGGAGAUUCCAAUCUGAUAGUCUCUCAAGCUCUUAGGAAAUGGAAAAUUAAGGAAGAGCGUUUGGUACCGGACGCCAUUUCGAGAUCACCGACGGAUAAUGGAGCUCACUUCCAGGGUGAAUUUGCUAAUUUGUUGAAAGAGACGAGAAUCCAACAUCAUAAGUCCUCGCCCUAUCGUCCGCAAACCGGGGCUGUAGAAGUUGCAAAUAAGCCCAUAAAAGUUAUUUUGCAAAAGACAAUUAAAAAGCACAAAGCUUGGCAUGAACAGUUACCGAAUGCCUUAUGGGGAUAUCGGACUUCAAUUAGAACACCUACUGGGGCAACCCCGUAUUCCUUAGUAUAUGGCAUGGAAGCAGUAUUGCCUAUUGAGUUAGAAGUUCAGUCGGCGAGGGUUAUCCGGGAAAGCCAGAUCAGUGAAGCAAAUUGGGCUGAGAAUUAUCAUUUGCAGCUCUUGGGUAUGGAUGAAAAGCAUUGGGUAUUGGAUGAAAAGCGAUUGCGGCAAUUCCACCAAACUCAAGUUUAUUCAAGAAAGAAUGGGCGCGACAUUUUUAACAAGAGGGUUCAAAGACCUGGAAAACUGAGAAUGGGUUGUUUGGUUCUGAUAAGGAAAUUAGACAACCGGUCAUAG